GGAGGAUCGUGGCCGGCACGAAGGCGCACUCGAAGGGAGGAUGAAAGUCACCGUGUGCUUCGGCCGGACCCGGGUGGUCGUGCCCUGCGGGGACGGCAACAUGAAAGUUUUCAGCCUGAUCGAGCAAGCGGUGACCAGGUAUAGGAAGGCGAUCGCCAAGGACCCAAACUACUGGAUACAGGUGCAUCGUCUGGAACAUGGUGAUGGGGGAAUCCUUGACCGUGAUGACAUUCUCUGUGAUGUAGCUGAUGAUAAAGACAGACUUGUAGCCGUAUUCGACGAGCAAGACCCACACCACGGAGGAGAUGGCACCAGUGCCAGUUCCACUGGCACUCAGAGCCCAGAGAUCUUUGGCAGCGAACUCAGCACGAAUGCUGCAUCAGCCUUCCAGCCUUACCAAGCAACAAGUGAAAUUGAGGUCACGCCUUCAGUCCUUCGCACAAAUAUGCCUCUUCAUGUAAGGCGCAGCAGUGAUCCUGCAUUAGUUGGUCUCUCGACGUCGGUGAGCGAGAACAAUUUUACUUCCGAAGAGCCUUCCCGUAAAAACCCCACGAGAUGGUCCACAACAGCAGGCUUCCUCAAACAGAAUGCUUCCGGUGGGCCAAGGAGUCAUGAAAGAAAGAAAGAUGAAAAUUACCGAAGCCUCCCCCGGGACACCAGUAGCUGGUCUACUAACCAGUUUCAGAGGGACAAUGCUCGCUCUUCACUAAGUGCCACUCAUCCCAUGGUAGAUAAAUGGUUGGAGAGACAAGAACAGGAUGAAGAUGGGACAGAAGAAGAAAACAGCCGAGUUGAACCAGUGGGUCAUGCAGACACUGGCUUGGAGAACAUCACGAACUAUUCUUUAGAUGAUAUGGUAAAGCUUGUCGAAGUUUCCAAUGACGGUGGACCCUUGGGAAUCCAUGUAGUGCCUUUCAGUGCCCGAGGCGGAAGAACUUUGGGAUUGUUAGUGAAGCGACUGGAGAAAGGUGGAAAAGCAGAACAAGAAAAUCUCUUUCAUGAAAAUGACUGUAUUGUCAGAAUUAAUGAUGGGGAUCUUCGCAAUAGACGUUUUGAGCAAGCACAGCAUAUGUUCCGUCAAGCCAUGCGUACGCCCAUCAUUUGGUUCCAUGUGGUUCCGGCGGCAAAGAAAGAACAGUAUGAGCAGUUAUCACAAAGUGAGAAGAAUGCUUACUACUCCAGUCGGUUUAGCCCUGAUUCCCAGUAUAUUGACAAUAAGAGUAUUAACCAUACUGGACUUCACACAUUGCAAAGAAUACCCCGAGUGAGCAAUCAAGCAGAUCAGUCGGACUCUUUCUCGCAACUACCUCAUAGCGUGAAUUCAUCAGGAAAACCACCUUUGGGCAUGGUACCAUCACCACAAAAAGCUCUCACCUCCACUUCAAGCACUGGCUAUAACACCAAAAGGAUAGGGAAGCGGCUUAAUAUACAGCUGAGGAAAGGUACUGAAGGCCUAGGAUUUAGCAUCACUUCAAGAGAUGUUCCUAUUGGUGGCUCAGCUCCAAUUUAUGUGAAAAACAUCCUUCCAAGAGGUGCAGCUAUUCAAGAUGGAAGAUUAAAGGCUGGAGACCGGCUCAUUGAGGUAAAUGGAGUGGAUUUAACAGGAAAAACCCAAGAAGAGGUUGUUUCCUUGCUGAGAAGCACCAAGAUGGCAGGGACAGUAAGCCUUCUCAUUUUCCGCCAAGAAGAAUCAUUCCAUCCAAGGGAACUGAAUACCGAACAAAGCCAGUCACAAAUUCCAAAAGAAACGAAAGCAGCAGAAGAAGAUCUUGUCCUUACGCCUGAUGGCACCAGGGAAUUCCUCACUUUUGAAGUCCCCCUUAAUGAUUCUGGGUCGGCUGGGCUUGGUGUUAGUGUGAAAGGUAACCGGUCAAAAGAGAACCAUGCAGACCUAGGCAUCUUUGUCAAGUCCAUUAUUAAUGGUGGAGCAGCUUCUAAGGAUGGAAGACUCCGAGUGAAUGAUCAACUAAUAGCAGUAAAUGGGGAAUCAUUAUUGGGCAAGACGAACCAAGAUGCCAUGGAAACCCUGCGUAGGUCCAUGUCCACCGAGGGAAACAAACGUGGAAUGAUUCAGCUCAUUGUAGCAAGGCGAAUAAGCAAAUGCAAUGAGUUGGAGUCACCUGGAAGUCCCCCGGGGCCAGAGCUGCCUAUUGAGACAAUACUGGAUGACAGGGAGCGUAGGAUUUCCCAUUCGCUCUACAGCGGGAUCGAGGGCCUCAGUGAGUCUCCCACCAGGAAUGCUGCCCUGAGUAGGAUAAUGGGUAAAUACCAGCUUUCUCCAACGGUCAACAUGCCCCAGGAUGAAAUGGUCAUUAUAGAAGAUGAUAGACUGCCAGUACUACCUCCACAUCUUUCAGACCAAUCAUCUUCUAGUUCUCAUGAUGACGUGGGCUUUGCAACAGUGGAUGCUGGAGCCUGGAGUAAACCACCGAUUAUUGAGUCCACAGAAUGCACUCUGAGUCCAGAUGUUGAUCCAGUCCUUGCCUUCCAGCGAGAGGGAUUUGGACGCCAGAGCAUGUCAGAAAAACGCACAAAGCAAUUUUCAGAUGCCAGCCAGUUGGACUUCGUUAAGACACGGAAAUCCAAAAGCAUGGACUUAGUAGCUGACGAGACUAAGCUCAGUACAAUGGAUGACCAGAAAACAGGUUCCCCAACCAGAGAUGUGGGCCCUUCAUUAGGCCUGAAGAAAUCCAGCUCAUUAGAAAGUUUGCAGACAGCAGUUGCCGAGGUGACUUUGAAUGGUGAUAUACCUUUCCAUCGUCCACGACCACGGAUAAUCCGAGGGCGAGGGUGCAAUGAAAGCUUCAGGGCUGCAAUUGACAAAUCUUAUGAUAAGCCUGUUGCAGAUGAGGAUGAUGAAGGCAUGGAAACCUUGGAGGAAGACACCGAGGAAAGCUCACGAUCGGGUAGAGAAUCCGUCUCCACAUCAAGUGACCAACCACACCAUUCUCUGGAAAGACAGAUGAAUGGCAGUCAAGAUAAAGGGGACCGGAAAAAAAUUGGGAAGGACAAGAAGAAAGAUCGCGAUAAAGAGAAAGAUAAAAUUAAAGCCAAGAAAGGAAUGCUCAAGGGCCUUGGGGACAUGUUCAGGUUUGGCAAACAUCGGAAAGAUGACAAGAUGGAGAAAAUAAAAGUGCAGGAAGCUGUUACAUCAGAAGAGGAGAGAAUACGAAUGAAGCAAGAGCAGGAGAGAAUUCAAGCCAAGACUCGAGAAUUUCGUGAAAGACAAGCUCGGGAACGAGAUUAUGCUGAGAUCCAAGAUUUAAACAGGACUUUUGGAUAUGAUGGUGAUGCAAUGUAUGCUGGAAUUCCCUCAUAUAAUUCCCCCAAGAACAGUGGCACAAUGAACAAUAGACCGCAGAGCCCAAGGGACGGACCGACUGUUGAAGCAUUAUAUGCCCAAGUAAAGAAAGCAUGCAAUGCAAAGUCUUCACCUGCAGACAGAUCAGCUCCUAGCAAUCAUGAUCGGAUACAGCGUCUAAGGCAAGAAUUUCAACAAGCAAAGCAGGAUGAAGAUGUAGAAGACAGGAGGCGGACCUACAGUUUUGAACAACCAUGGCCAAAUUCAAAGACGUACUCGCAAAGUGGAAGGCAUUCUGUGUCGGUAGAAGUUCAAAUGCAGAAGCAGCGGCAAGAAGAGAGAGAGAGCUUCCAGCAAGCUCAGCGUCAGUACAGUUCAUUACCCAGGCAAAGCCGGAAAAAUGCAAGCUCCGUAUCUCAAGAUUCUUGGGAGCAGAACUAUUCUGCAGGUGAAGGUUUCCAAAGUGCAAAAGACAACCCCAGGUAUUCCAGUUAUCAGGGCUCCAGGAAUGGCUACAUGGGAGGCCACGGCUUCAAUGCCCGUGUAAUGCUCGAAACGCAAGAGCUGUUGCGUCAGGAGCAGAGGCGCAAAGAGCAGCAGCAGCUGAAAAAAAAGACAUCUUCUGAGGGGUCCAGCAACUAUGACUCCUAUAAGAAAGUCCAGGACCCUAAUUAUGCUGUUCCGAAAGGUCCUUUCAGGCAAGAUGUACCACCUUCGCCAUCUCAGGUUGCCAGGCUAAACAGAUUACAAACACCAGAAAAGGGAAGGCCCUUCUACUCUUGAGUCAAAGGUCAAUGUCACAUGCAAUAAAGGAACGUUUUCAUAUGAAGAGACUUGUAUUUUGGGAAGAACCCCCCCCUUUUUU